AUGAAGUUCAACAAUGACAAUGAGAAACAGGUUUUCGAUAAACUUAAAAAAGCAAUUCCUGGGAUCAUUAAGGAAAAAUGUGCAGGGUACGAUGAGUUGUAUGGUUAUAAACUGAAUUCUGAAGGUCUAACUUCAGAGGAGGUCGAGAAAUACUACGACGAAAAGAUUGCGGACUGCUUAAUUUACAAACUUUGCAAAGCAUAUCAAUUUGAAUACGCCACUGUUGUGCAAAACUUGGUUGAUAUCUUAAAAUGGAGGAAGGAGUUCAAUCCAUUGAGUUGUGCCUACAGGGAGGUUCAUAACACGGAGCUGCAAAGCGUUGGUAUUUUGACAUUCGAUGCGAAUGGCGAUGCCAAUAAAAAAGCCGUCACUUGGAACUUAUAUGGUCAGCUGGUCAAAAGGAAGGAAUUGUUUCAGGAAGUAAAUAAAUUUGUGCGCUAUAGAGUCGGGCUUAUGGAAAAGGGUUUGAGUCUAUUAGAUUUUACCAGCGAGGACAAUUGCUACAUGACCCAAGUCCACGAUUACAAGGGCGUCUCUGUCUGGAGAAUGGACUCUGAUAUUAGGAAUUGCAGCAAAACCGUCAUUGGCAUUUUCCAAAACUAUUACCCAGAAUUGUUAUACGCAAAGUACUUUGUCAACGUCCCCACUGUUUUUGGCUGGGUCUAUGAUUUGAUUAAGAAGUUUGUUGACGAAAGCACCAGAAAGAAAUUUGUAGUAUUAACUGAAGGUAAAAAGUUGGGUCAGUAUUUAAAGGACUGUCCCCAGGAGGAUUACGGCGGGAAGGACAAGCAGAACACUUUGAGCAAGCAAAACAUCACAAACGUCCACCCAACGGAGUACGGCCUUUACAUCCUGCAAAAGCAGAUCAUCGAAGACGUUGAGUAA